GAUUAUCAAAUAUUUAGGCUUAAAGCGACCCCACCAUGGAUUUGUUCCACGUUUGCCAUUUAAACUCCAAGUUUGUGUUUGUUUAAACCACGUGACACGUCAAUUCUUUGUAUUAUCAGCGAAAUUUUAAACAUUUAUGUAGAAGUGAAGUAAAAACAUUUAUUUAAAAUAUGGAGACUUUAUAUCAUCAAACUAAUAAAGUAGUUCAGGAAACACAACAUUUGUUUUUACAAUUAGAAAGAAAUUCGCUGAAUGGAAACACUCAGGAAGUGGAAAAUGAUAUUGAAGCAAAGAUUAACCUUAUUAAUAGAAAUUGCGAACGACUUGAAAUUUUAUGCAUGAAAGGUCCUAUUUCUCAAAGGCAGAAUGCCAAAAUGAGGGUGGACCAGUUAAAAUACGACAGUCGCCACCUGACAGCUGCAUUAAGUUCAUGGAGAAACCAAAUAUUACGUCGACAACAAGAGGAAGAAGAAAGGGAGGCACUAUUGUCACGAAAAUUCAAACCAAACGAUCAUAUCGAUAUAAUGAUAGAUCACAAUUCACAACACAACAAUAGUUUAAAUAAUGCUACACGUGGUGUGGAUGAUCUCAUUUCUCAUGGCUCCGGUAUUUUAGAGAAUUUGAGGACUCAGAGAAUGACAUUGAAGGGAGCACAUAAAAGGUUAAUAGACAUUGGAAAUACUUUAGGUUUAUCAAAUACAACAAUGAGAUUGAUAGAACAAAGAGCUCGGCAAGAUGGCUUUAUCUUGAUCGGCGGUAUGCUCUUUACAGUUCUUGUGAUAGUUUUGGUUAUAGUCUAUCUCGCGUAGGAUAGGAGACAUGGUUUUUUAUACUCUAUGUAUAUUGUCCGUUACAUUUUCAAAAGUUUCUAAUAUAUAUGCUGCUAUUUAAUUGUAAUUAAUUUAUUUAUUAUUUUUGUACAUAGUUGACAAAUUCCAUUUUACUUAUAUUUAGGUUUUUUGUAUAGAAAAAUGCAUUAAAUUACAGAAUAUUACACAUUAAUGUUAAUGUUUUAAUUUUUCACUAUUUGUUAUCUUGUAAAAAAAAACUUAUUUCUCAAUAAAUAUUGUAAUAAGAGAAA